AUGUCUCUACAGACAGGUCUCGAACGUGGUACCGCUCGGAAGCCGGUACCUGACGGUGCUGGUGACGGCGGUGCCCAGACUGCGGAUGCUCACGCUGAUCUCGUCGCUGCUGAACCUGGUAUGUCGGUCCACGAAGGAUCCGAACGAGUACAACACGGGGCUGGAUUUGGAGAUCGCGGCGCAGAAAGAGGUGCGUAUUUUGAUGGUCACGAGCGCGAUGCAGCUGUUCACGCAGAUGAUUGUGUACCCGCUGCCCAAGAUGGACCAGGACUUUCUGCACAAACAGGGCAUUCUGAUAGACACGCCCGCGAACCUGGUGCGGUACUACUGCGGCCGGCUGCACAAGGAGCAGGAGCUAGAGUUUCUGGAAGAGGGCCUGGUCAGGCCGCUUUUCCGGCUGAUGGACGCCAACUGGAUGACGGAGAUCGUGAUGCUGGUCUGGGAAUUUUAUCAGUGCAACAAAACAUUCCGCACACGGCUCGCAACGCAGUACGGCGUCAAGCUGCUGGUGGCGUUACUGUACGAGGUCUUCGUCUACAAGUCGUCUGA